AUGGCAGACGAUGUUCUUCAGAAGUUCACAAACGAUAAUGGUGAUUUCAACCUUAGGCAUAGCAAAGACCUUAGAGGGUUGCUGAGCUUGCAUGACAUGUCACACCUCAACAUGGGAGAAGCUUCACUCUACAAGGCAAAGGAAUUCUCAAGUAAGCACAUGAAAUUUGCACUUAAGUAUUUGGAGCCAAACCUUGCGAGAUAUGUGAUGAAGUCACUAGACCAUCCCUACCAUGUGAGCCUGAGGCAAUACAAGGCUAGGCAUCAUUUGAGUUACCUCCAGAACUUGCCUACUAGGCACACUGCAAUUGAGAAGCUGGCACUUGCAGAAUUUCAGAUGAAGAAGUUGCGACAUCGGAGUGAAAUGCAACAGGUUAAGAGAUGGUGGGUGGAUUUAGGAUUGUCUCAAGAAAUUCCAGCUGCAAGGGACCAAGUUCUGAAAUGGUACAUGUGGUCCAUGACUAUCCUUGAGGGUUUCUCCUUCUCAAGAUACCGGGUUGAGGCCACAAAGGUUAUCUCAAUGGUCUACAUUGUGGACGACAUCUUUGAUCUUGUCGCCACACAAGAGGAGCUCUCUCGCUUUAAUGAGGCGAUCAAAAUGUGGGAUCUUGCAGCUGCCGAGUCACUGCCGAGUUACAUGAUAUUAUGUUACAAGGCUCUUUAUACCAUCACAAAUGAUAUCGCUGAUAUGGUCAGAAAAGAGCAUGGAUUGAACCCUAUCAAUCAUCUCAAGCAAUCAUGGGCAACCUUGUUUGAUGGAUUCAUGAUCGAGGGAAAAUGGCUAUCUACUAAUCAGGUUCCUACAUCGGAGGACUACCUAAGAAAUGGUGUCAUCACUUCAGGAGCACCACUUUUAUUUAUGCAUCUUGUAUUCAUGCUUGGGCAUGAUUUAACGGAGGACAACAACGACCACAUCCUCAAGGUCGUCUCCUGCCCUGCGAAGAUCAUGAGGCUCUGGGAUGACAUGGGGAGUGCAAAGGAUGAGUUGCAGGAAGGGCUAGACGGAUCAUACAAGGAUUUGUACCAGAGAGAAAACCCUCAUGCUGAUGCGGAGAAGCACAUGUUGGAUAUGAUAGCGCGUGAAUGGGAGGAUCUAAACAGGGAAUACUUCUCUCAGACAAAGUCCACAAUACCACCUAGCUUCAUCGGGGCGUCUCUCAACUUUGCAAGGAUGGUCAGCAUCAUGUAUGGCUAUGACGAUGAGCAGAGGCUCCCCGCCUUGGAGGAUUACACUAGGAUGUUGCUCUUUUGAAUAAUGCAUGCUACCGUUGUGUAUGUAAGUCUUAUAUAUGUAGCACACCAAUUUUGAGGGUUGCCCUGUUGAAACAUGGACUAGUAUGAUGCACCAUUAGCUAAUGCGAAUCUGCUCCACAAAUGAUACUUGUGCCCAAGCUGUGCACGACAUGCAAAUCUAGUGGCUAGUGCCCUUCUCACUUAUAUGCAUGUCCAACAGUAUUCAAUC